AUGUCAUAUCCCAACGCCAACGGGGCUGGGCCUGGAGCUACCGCUGCUGGCUCCAGUUCGCGCUCCAAGCGUGAGCUCAUCGACCGCGUCCGAUAUCCUAACCCAAUCCCGGUUCCGCCUUACCCGCCAAAGCUCGUCAAAAUUCGCACAGAGCCUUCUAGAUAUGCCAAUCCUCACUUUGCAGACCGCCUCGCAAGCCAGCAGCCCAUUCCGCUCAUGGUCGACGUCCAUGCUGGUAUGCCCAUCGACCUCGCCAAUUUUCAAAACCUUUGGGAAGGCGAUCUUUCCGAAGUGGUCGUCCCCGCUCAAGCCAAGCUCGAACCCAAACACCUUGACGACGCAGACGCCUUUCUGCUUCAAGACUUUGCUGCCAACCUUCCUCCUACAGCCUCUUCUAACUCAACUUCGGGAGCUAUCGGUCUCAUCACCUCUUUGAAAGCAUCCGACGAUCCAGCUUCACAAGCAACUCUUCAAGCCGCCCUCCAGCAGCGCCACGUACAAUCCCUUGGCCCCGGCGCCAAGGCUGCACUGGCAGCCGACGAUGUCACUUGGCUUCGAAGGACAGAGUAUCUCAGCGCACAGCAGAAGAAUGCUCAGCAACAGGUUCACAAACCCAAAGUCACAGAGCGCAUCGAUGUCUCGCGCCAAGCGCAGCUCGCAAAAAUCCAAAAUUCCUUUACCGACGCACAAAAGCCGCUCUCGAGCCUUGUCCAUCCUCAUAAAAAGGGCGUCAAGGCCGAAAAGGUCUUUGACUUCCUCCCAGACCCAGAGACGUGGGCUACAGACUACCAAGUUGUCCGCUUCAUUGACCAUCCUGGCCGCAUCAUCAACGGCGUUCCCCAACCCGAUCCGCGUCUUGAUGUUGCUCUCCUCCGCCCUGUCAAUGCUGCGGAUGGUGAACAGCGUGUUUCAUACUACCUUCCUGCAGGAGAACAUGUCCCCGAGGACCCCGAGGCGCCUAUGACCCUCAUCGACAACCGUGACAUCGAGGAGAACAACGCUCGUAGACUUCGCAAGAGGAGAAGGACAGGCAAGUUCCCCGUCCCACCCGAAGCGGGCGACGACGACGACGAUAUCGACGACGAAAAUCGUCCCGAGCCAAAGCUGCUCAAGAAGGAUUACGCUACGCCAUUUAAGCUUUCGCGCGACUACGUGCCCAAAGAUAGCACAGAGAGCGCUCACGACGUUCUUCUCCUCACCUUGGACGACGGAAUUCCCGAUGUCGACCCAGAUGCCGACGUCGAUCCCAUCAAAGGUAUCAAGUCUGCCCCCGCCCAAACCGAAGAUGAGGAUGAUCUGUUUGGCGAAGAUGACGACGAUGCUCAGGAUGGCGCUGACAGUCGCCUAGACUCGACCCUUCCUCCGCAAUCCGAAUUCGAACGUCAAAAGCGAUCCAGGAGAUCCGCGGCUACCAAAGGCAAGGAACGAAGCGAGCAGCCCGAUGGUCAAGGUCUCACCAGCGAGUCUCGUCCCAAAGCACGUGCCUACUAUCACAAGGUUGGUAUGCGAUUCACUCUUCGUGUCUGGCGUUCCAGGUUCGCCAACAAUGAAAAACUGCGCAACCGAGAUCGACGAUACCCAGGCAAGUGGGAUGCCAUCAUUCUUUCCAACCGCGAACUGCAAGAAAACGAAAAGCUGCGAAGAUUGCAUGCGCGCAGCCAGGUUGAUGACGUUGGGGAGCUUGAGCCUUACGAGCCUGAAGACGAGUUUGAAGAAGCGUUGGUUCAAGACGAGGCUGCCGAGGUUACCUCAAAUCGUGCUGCUGAGCACCUCUUCGAAGAGCGUGACGAGGCCGUAGAGCGGGCAGAUGGCCAUGUCGAUGCCACCGCUCGAAGCCGCGCAAGCGACGAAGAUGACCAGGUUGACGAACAGAUCAAUGAUGAUGGCGAGGAUGACCGUAGCGAUGACGAUGAAGACGAAGACGACGAUGAGGACGGUACAGUCGACGGAGACGAGGAGCUUGCGGCUCUACGCGCAGAAGCCGGUGAAGCGGGUCAAGUCCUCGGCCAGGAUGUUGGAGGUGGUGGACGACAAUCGCGCACUCGACGAGCCGCCGCAGCUCCUUCCGAAUCAGACACCCUCGCGGCAGCCAGGGACGUGGAGGACGAUUGA